CCAAGUUUCGUUUUAUUUCUUUUAAAUUCACUGUAGACUUUUUGUAUUAACAUUACCAAUAUUGAACUUUAAUACAUUUUGGCAAAAGCCUUCAGGAGGUAAUAGAUCUCGGGAUGCACUAAGCUUAAACAUCUCUGUCUGUGUAAAGCACUUUGAAUCGUCACUGUGUGUGAAAACAGACUCGCCUUGCCUAGUGUGCCACAGUUGUCGGGUGUCGUUGUUUCACGAUUAUGCUGAGAUUGUUUUUGCUGUUACACAUCUCUAUGGAAUCAGCCCAUACCAUGUUUAAAGCAGCGUAGGGAGACGGGAAAAAUCAGGAACUGGGAUAAUGCAAAUCGAAUAUGUUUAUCCAGUUUUUAAAAAUUAUCAUCAUUUGUCUCGAAAAUAUAAGCAUCCAGUUUUCAAAAAGAAAGAACAACAGGAUUGCAGUUACACGAGUACAGAUGCACGUUCAAGGCUGAUUGACAGGACGCGCGCUCGCUGCAUGGGCGGGACCACGCUAACCUAGGAAGAAGAGAAGCGCCCGCUUCCAAGACGUCCAGGUCGACUUGAUCAUGGACAAGACGGCCGUGGUUAAAGUGGGGGCUGUGGCCAGCGCGAGCAUGUGCGUCCUGUUUGGUGGGCUGGUCGUCGCGCAGUAUUUUCUCACCAAGAAAAAAAGAGCCGGAAAGAAAACGAAGAUCAUCGAAAUGAUGCCCGAGUUUGAGAAGAGCACAGUUCACAUCAGGUACCCUGAGCGCGUGGAGCAGAUCAUCUGUGGUAUGAUCAAGGGUGGAGCCUCCAAACUCCAGGUCAUCACUGACUUCGAUAUGACCUUAAGCAAGUUCGCAGUCAAUGGGAAAUGCUGCCCCACUUGUCACAAUAUCAUUGACAACUGCAGUCUGGUCACAGAAGAGUGUAGGAAGAAGCUGUUCCAGCUGAAGGAGACGUACUAUCCUAUCGAGAUUGACCCGCAUCUGACCAUGGAAGAGAAGUACCCAUUCAUGGUGGAGUGGUAUUUUAAGUCUCACUCAUUGCUGGUGGAGCAGCGUCUACAGAGGGAAAAGCUUCCUGAAGUGGUACGGGAAUCGGACGUCUGUCUCAGGGAAGGCUACGAGCACUUCUUCGACCGGUUGCACCAGCAUGCAGUUCCCAUGUUCAUAUUCUCAGCCGGCCUGGGCGACGUCUUGGAAGAGAUCAUCAGGCAGGCCGGCGUCUACCACCCCAACGUCAAAGUCAUCUCCAACUUCAUGGACUUCGACGAGAACGGCGUCCUGAAAGGCUUCAAAGGUGAGCUGAUCCACGUGUACAACAAGCACGACGGCGCACUGAGGAACACGGACUACUUCAAACAGCUGAAAGACAACAGCAACAUCCUGCUCCUCGGAGACUCGCUGGGCGACCUCACCAUGGCCGACGGCGUGCCCAACGUGGAGAACGUCCUCAAGAUCGGCUUCCUCAACGACAAGGUGGAGGAGCUUUUAGAGAAGUACAUGGGUUCCUACGACAUUGUUCUGGUGAAGGACGAAACACUCGAAGUGCCCAACUCCAUUCUGCAGAAGAUCUUAUAACAGACUGUGGAGCGGCAGUCCUCCAGCGGGCCCCGUGGGACACAGGCUCCCAGAGACCUCGUUCCUGGAUUGCCAUAGACCUCGUUAUGGGAUCACCAGAGACCUCACCAGAUCACCAGAGACCUUGUUACUGGAUCACCAGUCACUGGGUCUCCACCUGCUCUGUGGACAGUCUCUCUCUCUCUCACUCACACACACACACACACACACAAAAACACACACACACCCCUCCCCAUGAUCUUUUAAAUCCCGGUUUCCCUUCUGAAUGAACUUUCUCAAAACAUCCAUCAUGCCUUUGUCCUCUACCUUUGGGGUCUCAUCCAGUUAUUGCAACUCUUGGUUAAUGAAAACCAAACAAUGGCCAGUUUUGAGAGAUGCCCGCCGUGCACACACCCACACUCCUUUAGUAGGUCUGGCUGUUUUACGUGUGUAUGUAAUUGGUGUAUUAUUAAAGACUGUGACCUGUGUAUGGGGCAGAGCGUUCUGCUCAGAGCAGUCACGGUGGCAUAGUUUUGGGUAUCGUUGGCCUAUGCGUCUGCCGGGCACGGCAGCGUUGCUGGGGGGGUUUCGUGGAUAUCUGCGUGCCCGAUGGGUCGAGAUGUUCAGCCACCCAAUCAUUUUCUGCCAUAAUGGGUGGGAAGAUCGCUAACUCGGAUUAUGCAUCAUAGCACACAUACACCCUGUACCUCAGAAAUACCAGCCUCAGAUCAACUGUGUGUGUGUGUGUGUGUGUGUGUGUGUGUGUGUGUGUAAUAUACAACAGCAAAUUAAUUUGCACAUUCUUAGACUUGUUAAUGUUCACGUUCUUGAUAUUGUCAUGUUUGUAUUAGGAGUAAUGAGUCUAAGCCAGCACAUGGUCACUGCUCGCUGUCUGUCACAUAAUGGCAGGAGUUUUGUGGGUGGGACCGUGCGGAUGUCACCGGCACAGUUGAUACUCUGCAGAAGAUUUGAGUUAUUUACCUCUGCAACAAUUCACGUUGCUUUAUUUCCUCAUAAUACUGAUAUGAAAUGUCUUUCUUAAUGUGUGUUUAUACUGUUUUGAAUUUUUCAGUUCCUUUUAAAUUAUUGUCGCGAUCACCGUAGGUUUCAUUCAGACAGUAGCAGACGUACACUCCAAGUGCACAAUGUUUAAUAGUUGUCAUCUCUUAACACUUGACAAACACCUGACUGUGACUCAUGCUCAUCCUUACUGACGAGUUUAAAAUCGUCUUCAGCGUGUACAGCAUUAUCGGACUGCGGUGAAACGGAUUGAAGGCCACACACACUCUCCUGAGUUAUGAAGUGCUUAAAGACAUUGACAUAGUUAGAACUGCAGUGUAGUAUGCAAGGUUUCCAGAGAAACGCGACGUUAGACGGGAAGCUUUCCAGAGAAACAGGCCGUUAGAGGAUACCUUGUGUAAUACGUUUUAUUUUUAUUUUAGUCUCAUCUCCUCCCUCUCUCUCUCUCUCUCUCUAUCUCUCAUAUAUAUAGUUACACAAAAAUGUGUGUGUACACACACACAAUGAAUGUAAUGUGCAUUUUUGCUACUUUUAGCGCACAGAGAGCUUCCUGUUGCGUUUCAUGUUUGAGCCUGGCCUAACACCAGUGUGUGUGUUUACACUGCCUCUGAAGGGAAUGGUUCGUCUCCAGACACCAUCGUGGCUGUGUCGGAUUUACACAAAGCUACGUGGUCCAAGCUAGUUGUUACCCGUCAUUAACGGUGUUGGCACUGCUGGAUCAGCAGCUUCUCUCAACAAUCGUGUGACUUGCACUAACUUUGUCAGCUUUUAAGUUGUACGAGUUGUUGCGUUGUGUUGCUGACUUGCAUGUUGCCUUCCAUGUCCUUGAAAAUGCUAAAAGAAGAAACCGUACAUCAAUAAAUACAGGCAAUAAUAA